GUAUUUACACUUCACCACUCCAGACAGUGCGAAGGAACAACAACACAGAGGCUUGCAGCCAACUGCAUCACCUUUGACUUAUACCGGAUCCACAAUCGAGGGUACAAUGUAAUGUCUGAUGACGAUGACGCUGGAUUCCGCAAGCUGUAACGUCCAAGCCAUCCAAAGCCCAGCCUGACAUGAUGAAGUCCUCCAUGAUUACACCUUCCUCACCUGCGCCAGUGGAUGCCCUGUUGGAGUUUAAAAUAAAGCCUGUACCUCCUCCAAGGUUAAGAAACAGCAACAACACGUAUGAAUCCAGCUACGCUGUGGCUUCCCAAAACAUCUACGCCGAUGACGGGAAGAAGCUUCAUUAUGUUCCGCGACCAGAGCCACCUGUGAAGCCUCUUCCCAGAAAACAGCUGCCUCUUCCACCCCGACCUCCAGUUCCCAACGUUUAUUACAACCAGAAAUCUGAGGUUGCAGAUACCGGUCAACCUGCGCCUGCAACUCACUCGACUCCGCUGAGGCAAACUUCCCUGCCAGCCGUAUCUAGCCCGGCUAAAACCGAUUCACCAGCAAAUGGGCCUCGACCGAGACUGUCGUCGGCUCCUGUGAACAAAACCGUUUUGCCGACCAGACCACCCCCACCCAUUCAUAGUCCACCUCCACCACCUUCCAUAACGCCACUGAUGGAGCCGCUGUACAUGGACAUAGAGGAAGCUGAGUACCUGGUUAUUCUACCAUCAGAAGAUGAUGUCACAGUGCAGGAAACAGGAGCGUACGACCAAAUAAAUUCUUAUCAACAAUAUUAUGAAAUCACAGAAGAAAAAGAGGACAUCAUGGAGCUGGUCAAAUGGAUGAGACGAGUAUCAACAACUGCUUACAUGACUCCAUCGGUGUUUGGACUCAAUAUAGAGCAGGAAAAAAGAUCGUUUCAUCAGAGAGCCAUGAAUAUGAAGCAGGCCCUUCGUCUCUACGACGCUCUGAUGACUCGGCGAAGUCAACGUCUGCAGGACUAUAUUUCAGAGUUCACUUCCAUCUCGCAACUCCUGGACAAAGAGGAGAAGAAGGUGAAAAAUAUGGGCAUUGCGGGAGGCACCACGGGGGCAGUGGGCGGCAUGGCUGCAGUGGUGGGGAUCGCCUUGGCACCCGUCACCAUGGGAGCCUCACUGGUCGCCACAGCGGUUGGUGUCGGAAUGGUGGGGGCAGCAGGUGGCAUGGGUGCCCGUGCCGCUAAGUCCAACAAGGAGAUUAACGAUCAAACAAAAAUUGAGAAGCUUGCCUGCGAUUACACGAUUCAUGUUGCCGACGUAGAACAGUGCCUGGAUUUUAUCCUCUCUGAGAUGAAUGAGCUGCAAAGGUACGACCUUGUGAGGUUACAGCAAGCCGGAGCCCUGCCGGACGCGCUGGCGUUGGCCCGCAAGUCACAGUCGGUGAGGAAUAACAUCAACAACGGUAGAGAUUCUUCUUACAUGAAUAGAAUGUCUUCAGAGAGACUGCUACAGGGCUUUAUUGCGGAAAUGGAUCAGUAUUAUAAAGAAAAAGGCGGACAUAAAAGGUUGAGGAAGUCCAACAAGAGCAGACUUUCUGGCAGAGUUCAACUGCUGACUCGAAAUCUGCAGGAGGAGCUCGAUUAUCUCACUGACAUGUGGAAAUGCUUUGUUGUGAUACAGUAAAUACUAGCACUUUAUAUUUUGUACGGCUAGUAUUAAAAGCCACAGUCAGCUUUUGUUGAAGAAUAUGUGUACAAUUAUGUCACCUAAUGUCUGUCAAUGUCCAGUACUCAUUUGCAGCUUAUCUACAAUUUAUAAAUACAGUUGUGCGGUUCAUAAAAGUGGAUCAGUUGACUAACAAACACCACUGUGGUGUUUCUUUGUCUUUCUUUCUUCCGCAUUGGAAUAAAUGUAUUUACACUCCUGAACAAAAUCUUCCAAAUCAACCAGAUUCCAAAUAGAGCACAUGUGUCAAUCGAGGACCGAGACGCCGCUGGUACUGGUUUUCUCUCCAACCAGUUUCGCCAGCAGGUGAUUUAAUUGAUGUGCUCUAAUUCCCUCAAAUCGAAGGAGGUGUUGAUCGUUAAAAUCACCUGCUUUAGUGACCAGCUGGAAAGAAAAACUGUUGUGUCUCGGCACGGGUGGCACAAGUUUGACACCCCUGAAAAAGAGCAUCAAAAUGCCAAAGGUCGCCAAUUUGAUUUUAAGUUUAAGACUUUGAAAAGCUUUGAAAAGUCCAAAUAUGUGCUAAGACUGGCUUCAGUGUCACUUUUUGUCAGACGUUCAUGUGACCUUGAGAUGACAGGCAAAAACGCUUUCCAUCUUUGAACGAGGUAGGACUGCUGAACUGCUCAAGCAAAGCCAGUUGCAAUAUUUCUGCACUGUUUAUUUAUUCUGUAUUAUUUAUUUUACUUAUGCAUUAUUAUUAUUAUUGUUAUUGCACAGUUUAGUUGUACAUGUGUAAUACUGCCUGUCUACUCUAUAGUUAUUAUAAUAUAAUUUUUUAACAUUUAUACAGUGAAACCUCUGUUAGUGUAUGUCCUGGUUAACAUGUGUUUCGGUUACUGUAACAUGAAAAAAUGUACGCCAAAAUUUUGCAUACAUUUUCCGGUUAUGCUUCUUGGUGUUAAUUAAUACACUGUGAGUCCAACUGUGUUCUUAAUGUAUUUUUUUUUAAUCACAACACGUCCUUGGUAGCAUCUUAUUAGCUUGCCUAUACAUGGAAACAGGAAGCGGAAGUGAAAGUCAGCUGCGUCGCCUGUCUAUGAUGUCAUCAGCACGUGUUCUUAAAAAAAGCGUGUUUUUAUGGUUUUACAUGCAGAAAACAAUUAUAAAUUUCAAUCGUAUUAAAUUCUCACCUUCUUUAUCAAAAUGCUGCCACUUGCAACUUUCUUUGGGUCAUUUGGGGUUAUUUUGCAGCCGUAAUCAAAAGUAAAGCAGAUACUUAAUGUGAGAGUUCUUGAAUUGAAGAAAUAAUUCCUAGUAAAACAGGAAGGUGGUGCCCUUGUUGAUCUCGCUCCCAACACAUCAUCACGUCCUUAAUAAUUUCUCGCUUUCAUUCAUCAUAUGUAGGCUAUUUAUAUGCAUUUCAAUUUGUUUCUGGGCGUAAAGCUAUCAUUUUAAAAUGAUAAAAAAAACGUGUUAAAACAUAAAAAAAACAUUUUCCUUUAUGGAACGGAUUAAUUGGCUUUACAUUAUUUCUCCUGAGAAAUAAAGAUUUAAAUAAAUAAUUAGCAUGCUUCUAAAUCGCAAGUCAACAUGUCUAAAACGGGAUAAGUUAAGCUUCCGACUCCAUUUUGGACAUGUUGAAUUGUGCAAGUGAAUUGAAUUGAAGCUCAAUUUUUCAUCCCUUUUAAAUUCCUGAUGAUGCUAUGUUUACAAUCCAU